UAUUUAAUUCCCAAAAUACACACACACACGCGUGCGCUACUCGUAUAUAUAUAGUCUCCACGACCCCUCAUCCAUCAAUAUAAAACGCAUACACACGCUUGAAUGCUCAUAUAUAUAUAUAUAUAUAUGUAUGUAUAUUUCUGCUUGGAGAUUUCUCAUUUGCUCUUGUCGUGGUUAGGGUUUUCUUGAUAUUUCUCCCUGGUCGGGCACUUAAAUACAUAUAUAUACACACAAGGAGGAAUUGCAACAAUGGAGUCUGCAAAAAUAUUUGGAUCGGAGGAGGAAUGUCGCAGCUGUGAAUCCGGAUGGACAAUGUACCUCGUCUCCCCCUCGCAUGGCCAUGACGACUAUUACUAUGGUGGUGAUGAUGAUCAUGGUCAUGGUAAUGAUGGUAGCGCGAAUCAGCAUCAGCAUCAUGAAGAAGAUCACAGCGACGUUGACUCGAUGGCAUCGGAUGCUUCUUCUGGUCCCAUGGAAGCCAGUCUCCAGCUUCUUAACCGGACCCAGGAGCGUAAUUGCAGCAACUACGGUCUGUGCUUAACCAAGAAAACCGGAAAACCGGUUAUUAAGAAUAAGAAUAAGAAGAAGAAGAAGAAGAAUAUGAAGACAAAGGAAGAGGAGAGGACGGUUUCAACGGAAUCAAGGGUUCCCAAGAUCGUUCACAACAACAACAACGAUGGAGAUGAUGAUGAUGAUGAUGAUGAUGAUGAUGAUGGCGAUGACUCAAGUGAUGUUCAUAGUUGUGUCGGUUCUGUUAAACCGGAUGGUUACGUUUAGUCUAGUUUAUGUACUUAUGUUGUUCAAGUUCAUCAAAUAUUGUCGUGUCGUCUUGAUACUUUCUAUCCACUUUCCGUUACCUUGUUAGUUAGUUUUGUAUAAUUUCUGUUUGAUUUAAUAUUUAUACGAAA